GUGAGGAAAGAAAAAAUAGGGGACAGAAUCACUGCUCUCCAGCAGCUGGUUUCACCAUUUGGAAAGACCGCUACUGCCUCUGUACUGCACGAUACCAUUGAAUACAUUAAAUUCCUUCAUGAACAAGUUAGUGUCUUAUGCACUCCAUAUUUGAGGAAUUUGCGUCCCACACAGCAAGAGAAGAAGUCAGAAAAGUCCAUGGAUGAAGAAGAGUCUACACAAGAUCUAAGAAGCCGAGGUCUGUGUUUGGUUCCACUAACGAGCACUUACUCGAUGGCUAGUGAUGGAUCAGACCACUUUUGAUUUCUGGACUCCAAUAACUGAAAGAAGUUAUACGCAACUCAC